CUAAAGUAAAUGUUUAAUCUGGAAUAUAAUUCUAUUUUAAAUGCCUAUAUAAUAAAUAUCUACGAACAUAGUUAGCUCAUAAAUUAAAAAAGACCUUAAACACUUGUUGCCUACUAUCCCGGCAUGAACUUGACACAUUUAAACAUAGUAACACCGUAAAAAUGCUCGCCGUUUCAAUCUCGAAUCCACCACCGUUGAAAACGACGUCGCGUUCAACUAUCACAUAUUUGAACCCUACAUUUCAAUUUUCCUUCUUAAUUCCCCCCGAUUUCAACCGCUCCACCAAACCCCUCGCGAUUCGCGCCAUUGACACAGCACCGUUAUUCGACUACGAAUCAAAAGUAGCACUCCAAUUCUACAACUCUCAGAAACUCAAAAUCGCCAUUAUCGGUUUUGGUAAAUUUGGUCAAUUUCUCGCCGCCACCUUCGUCCGUCAAGGUCACACCGUCUUAGCUCAUUCCCGCUCCGAUUACUCCUCCGCCGCUCGAAAUAUCGGUGUCACUUUUUUACCCAACGCCGACGAUCUCUGCGAAGAGCACCCUGAAGUCAUUCUCAUUUGCACUUCCAUAAUCUCAACUCAACAUGUUCUCCUCUCUCUUCCCUUUCAGCGACUCAAGCGCAGUACAUUGUUCGUCGAUGUUCUUUCCGUCAAAGAGUUUCCCAAAAACCUUCUUCUCGAAAUUUUACCGACCGAUUUCGAUAUCAUAUGUUCUCAUCCUAUGUUUGGACCUGAAAGUGGAAGCCGUAGUUGGAGUGGUCUUCCAUUUGUUUACGAAAAAGUUCGAAUUGGGAACGAAGAACAUAGACUUUCGAGGUGUGAGAAGUUUCUUGAUGUGUUUGGAAGAGAAGGGUGUAGAAUGGUGGAGAUGAGUUGUUCUGAUCAUGAUAAGUAUGCAGCAGGGUCACAGUUCAUAACACAUACUGUUGGUAGGGUUUUAGAUAUGUUGAUGUUGGAGUCUACUCCUAUUAAUACUAAAGGGUAUGAAUCUUUGUUGAAUUUGGUUCAAAAUACCUGUAGGGAUAGUUUUGAUCUUUAUUAUGGUCUGUUUAUGUUUAAUAAAAAUUCUUUGGAGAUGUUGGAGAGGUUGGAUUUGGCUUUUGAGGAUUUGAGGAAACAGCUCAUUGCUCGUUUGCACGAUGCUGUGACGAAACAGUCGUUUGAGAGUGCUGUAAAGGUGCAAACUUUACAAGAUAAUUACAACUAUGAAGUAACCAACCAUACCCAAAAUGGAUCUGCAAUUGUACUAUCCUCCAGAAAUCAGAGAUCUGACGACGCAAUAGUACAUAAUUACAAGUCUAAUGAUUCUGGCCAACCCGAUGACAGCACAAAGCUCAAGAUUGCGAUAAUUGGUUUUGGCAACUUCGGUCAAUUCCUUGCAAAAACUAUUGUGCGUCAUGGACAUAAAGUAUUAGCAUACUCUAGAUCAGACUAUUCUCAUGUGGCUCAGGAAUUGGGAAUUUCCUAUUUUGAUGAUGCAGACGAUCUUUUUGAACAACAUCCAGAAGUGAUUUUACUUUGCACUUCAAUCCUUUCCACAGAGAAUGUUCUUAAAUCAUUACCUGUGCAGAGGUUGAAGAGAAGUACUUUAUUUGUUGAUGUACUCUCUGUCAAAGAAUUUCCCAGAAACUUGUUUCUUCAACAUUUGCCACCUUAUUUCGAUGUUCUCUGUACUCACCCUAUGUUUGGGCCAGAGAGUGGAAAAAAUGGGUGGAAGGGUCUUCCUUUUUCAUUUGAUAAAGUAAGAAUAGGAAGAGAUGGGUCCAGAAUGUCACGGUGUGAUCGGUUUCUUGACAUUUUUUCUGAAGAAGGUUGCCGAAUGGUUGAAAUGUCAUGUGCCGAACAUGAUUGGCAUGCCGCCGGAUCACAGUUUAUCACACAUACCACAGGAAGAUUUUUAGAAAAAUUGAAGUUGGAGGCAACACCAAUAGACACAAAGGGUUAUGAGACUUUAUUGAGUUUGGUGGAGAAUACGGCGGGGGAUAGCUUUGAUCUCUAUUAUGGUUUGUUCUUUUAUAAUAUAAAUGCAAUGGAGCAACUUCAAAGAUUUGAUCUGGCUUUGGAGUCAUUGAAGAAGCAGCUUUUUGACCUUUUGCAUGGUAUCUACAGCAAACAAGUAUUUCAAAAUGAAGAAAAUGCCCGUGAUUUUCGCGAGAGGUCUAUGUUGCCUGAGAUCAAAAUAUAAUUAUACAUAAUUCAUCACAAAAAAUCAGAAUUCGUAUCCAAUUAACCAAGUCAUCAAUAAACUAAUAAUUAUGGACCGUGUGGGGGCAAAUAUGUCAUAACAAUGGGAAAGCUCAAAUACAGGUACAAAAACCCAAUAAUAUUAAAUAAAUUCUGUAAAAAAUAAACUAAUAAGGUAUGGGCCACGUGGGGGCAAGUAUAUCAUAACAAUGGGAAAAACCAAGCAAAUACAUGUACAAGAAUCACAAUAAUAUUAUAACUUCAUUGCAUUUGUUUUCCCUAUUGUGACCA